UCAUGUCUUUGUCUCCUGUGUCUCUCUCUCUCUACAAUAACAAUUCCGUCUUUGAAGAAUCAAUCAGAUCAGUAGUAGUUUAGUUAACACAAAGGCGCCGCCACUUGCUGCUGCUACGCAACCUCCUCCUUUUUCGCCGUUGCCAUCGCCAUCGCCGUCGAAAAUGUCUGUGUCGCAGAGCUUCGCCACUUCCUUAUCUUCCUCUUCAUCAGCUUUCUUCGUCUCCUCCAAUUUCAUCUCCAGUGGGUACGGAGUUCAGAAUGUUCCGUUUCCUGCGAAAUCCAUCGGCGUCGUUAAAUGCGUUGCCGCGCCUCAGGAACAGGAGACUGUUUUCAAGACCAAAGUCCCUCGGAAUUCAAAUAUGGCGAAACUUCAAGCCGGUUAUCUUUUCCCCGAGAUUGCUAGAAGAAGGAAUGCUCAUUUGCUGAAAUACCCUGAUGCAAAAGUGAUAAGUCUUGGAAUUGGUGAUACCACCGAGCCCAUUCCAGAAGUUAUUACAUCUGCAAUGGCACAGAAAUCACUCGGAUUGUCCACCCGAGAAGGUUAUAGCGGUUAUGGAGCUGAACAAGGUGAAAAGCCAUUGAGAGCUGCAAUUGCGUCGACAUUCUAUGGAAACUUUGGCAUAGAGGAAGAUGAUAUAUUUAUCUCCGAUGGUGCAAAAUGUGAUAUAUCACGCCUUCAGGUUGUUUUUGGCUCUAAUGUAACAAUGGCAGUGCAAGACCCUUCCUAUCCGGCCUAUGUAGACUCAAGUGUUAUUAUGGGCCAGACUGGACAGUUUCAGAAGGAUGUUGAGAAAUAUGCAACCAUUGAGUAUAUGAGAUGUACUGCCGAGAAUGGUUUUUUCCCUGAUUUAUCUACUGUUGGACGAACAGAUAUCAUAUUCUUUUGUUCACCAAACAAUCCUACUGGAUCUGCUGCAACGAGGGAACAACUGACCCAACUAGUACAGUUUGCCAAGAAAAAUGGGUCAAUCAUAGUAUAUGAUUCUGCAUAUGCCUUAUAUAUGUCAGAUGACAACCCUCGCUCCAUCUUUGAAAUUCCUGGUGCUAAAGAGGUCGCAAUUGAGACGUCAUCAUAUAGUAAGUAUGCGGGUUUCACUGGAGUACGUUUGGGUUGGACUGUUGUUCCAAAGCAGCUACUUUUCUCUGAUGGAUUUCCUGUUGCCAAGGACUUUAACCGCAUUGUUUGUACUUGCUUUAAUGGUGCAUCUAACAUUGCCCAAGCUGGCGCUUUGGCUUGCCUUUCACCAGAAGGUCUCAAGGCUAUGUACGAGGUGAUUGGUUUCUACAAAGAAAACACUGAUAUAAUAGUGGACACAUUUAAUUCACUUGGGUUUAAGGUGUAUGGAGGGAAGAAUGCACCAUACGUGUGGGUCCACUUCCCCGGCCAAAGCUCGUGGGACGUUUUCAGUGAAAUUCUUGAGAGAACUCAUGUCGUUACCACACCUGGGAGCGGUUUUGGACCUGGUGGUGAAGGCUUUAUCAGGGUCAGUGCAUUUGGUCAUAGGGAGAAUAUAUUAGAGGCCUGCAGAAGAUUCAAGCAACUGUACAAGUGAUCCACUUUAUCUGAUUGGCUCCCUCAAUAAGCAGCACUUCAUUUGCCUUUUCUUUUCUUGUGAACUCGAGCUAGUACUGUACUAUGGAUUCUGUAGUAUCCGGAUUGCAUCUUGUCAAGUCUUAUGAGCUAUUCUUGUUUUGGAAACAUCCAAUUUUUCAUUUUAUUCUAGGCAGUUUCGGGAGCACUUGUAACCGUACUAAAUUUUUAAUCUUAUCAGAUAUUAUGUUCAGAUGGCGGUAGAAA